AUAGAUUUAAAGGGCAAAACUGAAGUUACCAAUAAUGGUAUCUGAAAGAUGAUGAAACCGUGUGAAAAUUUGAAGAGAGUGAAAGGUUACUAGUAAUUGAUUGAUCAUUUUUUCGUCUGUAUGAUACUGUACGUUCGAACUAUUUGCUGGGCAUAUGGAUAAAAAAAAUUAAGCACCGCAUCAAGCUAUAAUUGUCCAUUGUAAAAUUCAUAGUCUCUAACUUCAGACUUAACUUCUGAACGAUAUAGUAAUAUAUACACACGUGUGUGCUGAGCUGAGUAACCCGAGUUGAACAGCGACCAGCUUUCGAGAGAAAGAGGUGGAAAACUAUCCUGUCACAAUGGUGCAGCCAGUUCCUGAUCAUAUGAACUUUCCUCAAGAGGAGGAAAAGAUCCUUCAACUUUGGAAAGAAUUGGAUGCUUUUCAUUCCUGCCUCAAGCAAUCCAAAGGAAAACCAAGGUACUCCUUCUAUGAUGGGCCACCCUUUGCUACUGGUUUACCUCACUAUGGCCACAUCUUGGCUGGAACUAUCAAGGAUGUUGUGACUCGUUAUGCCCAUCAGAGUGGCUUCCAUGUUGAAAGAAGAUUUGGAUGGGAUUGCCACGGUCUUCCAAUUGAGUAUGAAAUUGACAAGAAGCUUGGCAUCACUGGACCUGAUGAUGUGGCAAAGAUGGGCAUUGAAACCUACAACAAUGAGUGUAGGAAGAUUGUCUCUCGCUAUGCUGGCGAAUGGGAGGAAAUAGUCACCCGUCUUGGCCGUUGGAUAGAUUUCCGAAAAGAUUACAAGACCCUGUACCCAUGGUACAUGGAGAGCGUGUGGUGGGUGUUCAAACAGCUUUAUGAUAAGGGAUUGGUCUACAGAGGUUUCAAGGUGAUGCCCUUUUCCACUGCGUGUAACACCCCUCUCUCCAAUUUUGAGAGUGGACAGAAUUACAAGGAUGUUGUAGAUCCUGCUGUGAUUGUGAAUUUCCCGUUUGAUGAUGAGCCAGGAGUCAGCAUGAUUGCUUGGACCACCACCCCGUGGACCCUGCCCAGUAACCUGGCCCUGUGUGUCAACCCUGCUAUGGACUAUGUGAAGAUCAAGCACAAGAAGGAUGGCAAAGUCUACAUCAUGAUGGAGGCUAGACUAGGUGCCUUGUUCAAGAAGGAGAAAGAAUAUGAGAUCUUGGCCAAAUUUAAAGGAAACACACUCAAGGGUAGGAAGUAUCAACCACUCUUUCCAUACUUUGCUCAGUUGAAAGAGACUGGUGCUUUCAAGAUUUGUACCGAUGGCUAUGUGACAGACGACAGUGGUACAGGAGUUGUCCAUCAAGCAGCUUUCUUUGGACAGGAUGAUUACCGGGUGUGUAUCGAACAUGGUAUAAUCUCCAAGGAGCAGGUCGUCUGCCCAGUGGAUGCCAGCGGUCGGUUCACCAGUGAGGUUACUGACUUUGUUGGCCAGUAUGUGAAGGAUGCUGACAAGAACAUCAUAAAAAAACUGAAAGAGUUAGGUCGCCUAGUAGACAGUAGCUCCUGUAAGCAUAGCUACCCAUUCUGCUGGCGUUCAGAUACUCCACUCAUCUACAAGGGAGUACCAAGCUGGUUUAUCAGGGUGGAAACCAUGGUAGAUCGUCUACUGGCCAACAACCAGACCACAUACUGGGUACCAGAGUUUGUGAAGGAGAAGCGGUUUGCUAACUGGUUACGUGAUGCACAUGACUGGGCUAUCUCUAGGAACCGAUACUUUGGUACCCCCAUCCCUCUGUGGGUGAGCGAGGAUUUUGAAGAGAUUGUCUGUGUUGGGUCAAUCCAAGAGCUCAAUGAACUGACGGGCGUGGACACCACCGAUCUACAUAGAGAGAAUGUUGAUAAGCUGACCAUCCCAUCAAAGCGUCCUGGUAAACCACCCCUUCGUCGUAUUUCAGAAGUCUUUGACUGCUGGUUUGAGAGUGGCAGUAUGCCCUAUGCCCAAAUGCAUUACCCGUUUGAGAACAAGAAGGAGUUUGAAGAGAGUUUCCCUGCAAACUUCAUUGCUGAGGGUAUAGACCAGACUAGAGGAUGGUUUUACACCUUGAUCGUGUUAUCUGUGGCACUCUUUGACAAGCCUGCUUUCAAAAACUUGAUAGCCAAUGGGUUGAUCUUAGCAUCAGAUGGACAGAAGAUGAGCAAGCGUAAGAAGAAUUAUCCUGACCCGAUGAACGUCGUCACCAAGUAUGGUGCAGAUGCUCUCAGGCUGUACCUGAUCAAUUCACCUGUGGUCCGAGCUGAAAAUCUACGUUUCCAGGAAACGGGAGUCAGGGAUGUCCUCAAAGAUAUCUUUCUACCUUGGUUCAAUGCAUACAGAUUCCUCAUGCAGAAUUUAGAGAAACUAGAAAGGGAUGAGAAUGUAAAGUUCAUUCACAAUGAGCAUACCUUCAAGCCAUCAGAUAACAUCAUGGAUAGGUGGAUCCUUUCCUUUACACAGUCUCUCACAAAGUUCUUUCAUCAGGAGAUGGCUGCAUAUCGCCUAUAUACAGUGAUUGUGAGACUGGUGAAGUUUGUAGAUAUGCUGACCAACUGGUACGUCAGGUCAAACAGGAAACGAUUGAAGGGAGAAGGUGGAAGCAAGGACUGUGAAGAUGCCCUACAUGCUCUCUUCAGUGUGAUGUACAGCAUGGUGCGUAUCAUGUCACCCAUCACUCCCUUCCUCACUGAGCAUAUGUACCAGAACCUGAGACACCUAGUAGAGACAGAUCCUACCUCUACACAAGAUACAAGGAGUGUUCAUUACCUGAUGCAGCCUAAACCAAGGGAAGAUCUGAUUGAUAGCAAGAUUGAAACAGCAGUAUCCAACAUGCAGACAGUUAUUGAGCUUGCUAGAGUGAUCCGAGACAGGGCCACCAUACCCACCAAGUAUCCACUGAAGGAGGUGGUUGUUAUCAACACCGAUCAGGAUUGCCUGGAUGAUGUCAGGUCUCUGGAGAAGUAUGUCAUCGAGGAGCUGAAUGUGAGGAAGGUCACAACCUCCCGAGACAAGGGAAAGUACCACGUCUCCCUUCAUGCAGAACCAGAACACAUGAUCCUAGGCAAACGUCUCAAGGGUGACUUCAAGAAGGUCUCUGACAUGAUCAGAAAGCUUACCGAUGAUCAGCUUCAAGGGUUCAUAUCAAAGGGUGAGAUUGAGGUUGAUGGUCACAUGCUAGGCAAGGAAGACCUGAGGUUGAGUUACAGCAUGGCAGAAUCUGCAGCGGGAUCUUCUCAGUACCAGGCUCAUUCAGAUGGAAAGAUCCUUGUGCUUCUAGAUGUUACACCAGACCAAUCUAUGGUGGAUGAGGGUGUGGCCAGAGAGGUAAUCAAUCGUAUCCAGAAGCUCAGGAAAAAGGCAAGCCUAGUGCCUACAGAUGAGAUCACUAUCUUCUACAAUGUUGAACCAGCCAGCGAUAGAUUGACAAAGAUCAUCCCAGCUCAUAAGGAAUAUAUCUUCAACACCAUCAAACAACCACUAACACUAGCUCCAGUACCUACUGGCACAGAAGAAAUCAUCAGAGAAACAUUUCAGCUGAAGGGCCCCAGUCUUGAGCUCAUCAUUGUCAAAGGUCAUCAGGAAGCAUCGGGCGCUUCCUCCAGGGCUGCCACUGCUGCUACCGCUUCAACCAAUGGCCCUACCCCUUACUGCAAGUUUGUCAAUGUAGAGCUAUGCGACACCAAGCCCUCCCUUGGGGCUAGAUGCGGGCGGGGUACAGUGCUCCUGGAAAACCCUCCUGGUGACUACCUGCUGACCGUUGAUCAACUGACCCAUCAUGUAGGGGUCAUCUUUGGACUCCAUGGGAAGAAGAUUCAGCUGUACCGUUCAAAGAACAAAAGUAAUGGUUUGAAUUCAAGCAAUGUCAAGUCUCUUCUGUCAUUGAGUGGUAGUACUCUGUAUGCAUACGUCAGUUGAUGAGAACAGUCAAGUGUAGUAUUUACGUAGUCUGUAAUUAUGCACAUUCACUAUUUUGGGUUGUAUACCAAGAAGGGGUUGCACAUGCCACUACCAUGGUUAAUAAAUAUAUGUAUUUCAAUUUUAAUGUAGAGCUAAGUAAUCAAGUUGUGAGGCAAUGGUACAUUAAUGAAUGUUUCUUAUGUGCUGAUAUGCAGCUCUGUAUGUUGCAGCUGUAUUACCUUCUGUAAAUACCAGGCUUGGAUAGUUCAGGAUGAGGUUAAGAUAAAGUGUGUGUCAUAUUACAUGUAUUGAAACAAAACCAUACUAGAUGUGUUAAGUUUUUCUCUGAUCUGCAUCCUAUAUUUAGAGUACAUUAAUCUUUUUUACCUUUCACCGCAAAAUAACUAAUACUAAUUGGAGUUUAGUAUAGAGGGCCAAAAAAGGAGAGAAGUUGUUGAAAAUCAGUGGGGUAUAUUUGCUAUUUUCUAAAAGAUAAUACAUCAGUGUAUCAUUUGUCUAAAUUUCAGGGUCAGAUGUGCAACUUUCAUUUAUUUGAGUUUUUGAAAUUGGUGUCCACUAUCAUUUGAUCACACAAUCUCUGUCCUAUUCAUGAAGAUGGCUUUAAGGAAACUUGCCAUGAUUAGAUGAAAGGGUUGUGCUAGUGUUAAGAAAAUGAAAGGGUUAUAAUUUCUGAAGGUUUCCAUGGCGAAGAAGAAUAGUGUAGUAGGUUUCACGGUACACCAUGUAUCUUUCUUGGGCAUAUGUUGGUCCUGAAAAGGACCACCCAAUCUCGACGUUUCGACAAGUGUGUUCUCCUGAGGACGACAAGAACACACUUGUCGAAACGUCGAGAUUGGGUGGUCCUUUUCAGGACCAACAUAUGCCCAAGAAAGAUACAUGGUGUACCGCUACUACACUAAUGAAAGGGUUAUUUGUAUUCAAAAGUCAGCAUAAUCCAGUAAUCCCCUCAUAAUGCUUGAUGAGGAUACUUGAAUAGAGCUUUGUAUGCAAAGGACAAUACACCCAGGUCUGUAUGCUUGAAUAAUCACACCCUAGAGUCUCAUUCUGGGAUGUAACCUGACUGAGUUCAAAGGCAUCUCCAAAAUGAAGUGAUUUAUUCAUGUGUAUCAUGUUAAAGCUAAGAAACCCUCUCUAACCUAUCUAAGGACAAAGGAAGGAAAUCUGGCGUGAAAAUUUAUCCUUGUAGGAUCAAGUGAAAUUACCCUCUUUGGAACAAAAAGCACAAGUAGAACAUAUAGUGUACAUUGAUUUUCAUUGUGUUGUACUGGGCUGGGAUGUGCAAACUAUUAUCCUAAGGAGGAUAGUGAUGGAUGAUUUAUUUCUGAAGAACACCAAAAAUGUGCAAAAGUCAGAUUAAAAGGGAGAAAAUGAGGAGUGAAUGGGUUUCAAUGGAUGGAUUCAUUCAAGCAUGUAGACAGUGUACUGGUAUUAUACAGGAUUGAAGCAAAUAUCCUUAGUAUGCAUUGUGAGGGGGCAAUCUUUAAAUUACUGUCAAUUAUUUGAAAGCUAUCUUAAUGGAUCAGAAUAUUGGGGAUAUUGCAAGAAAGAUAUUUGCAAUCAUUUGAAAUUUGCAAUUGAUAUUGAUCAAUUUUUACCUUCUUUUGUCAAAAGCAUACCAGCAAUCAAUAGCAAAUUUUGAAUCAAAUGAAAGACUAAUUAUUGACUUUAGAUCUACAAAUUACCUGUGAUUAAUGGCAAGUAUCUUGCUAUCCCCCAAACAGUCUCUAAGUUGUGCCUAUUGAUGUGAAAAAAAUCACAUACGAAUUCAAAGAAAAAAGCGAGUUGUAUCCCUUAUCCUCAAAAUUUGAUGAUUACGAGUACGAUGUUAAAAUCUUGUGUUGGUGUUGUGACAACACCAACACUUAAAGUGAGGCUUUUGUUUGAAUUGACCAUAGAAAAUAUGUAUUUCCAGCAGUUCAUGUUGAGCACUGGUGUUGAAUGUCAUUUGAGGUCAUGGCUCUGUUACACAAUAUUCCAUUAUCUAUUGCAAGAUGGCAAUAGCCAAUCAAGAUCGUUGUUGUAUGUGCAUGCUUGUUAAAUGCCAUACCAGUGAUGAAUCAGAAUUGUCCUAUCAAAUUACAAUGUAUUUGUGCUACAGAGCCAUGACUGUACCAGUAUGGGACAGCUGCAUCAAACCAAGUGAAUACCUUUGUGUGUGAUAAGAAGAUAUCUUGGUGGUAUUAUCAUUAGUUAAUCUGGGUUUGCAUCCACUCUAGACUAAACAAGAAUUUUAUUCCACACUCAAAUGGAAUGCUAGAUUUUAUCUUCCUUUUUCAAUGUUAUUAAAAAAUUUAAUAGACAAAAGAGUUUAUUGAGUUUCAUUUAUAUCCAUUACUUCUUUUUUUCUUAAAUAAUUUUGAAAGUAUUUUGGACACGUUUUAAAGCAAAACUGUAAUAAUCUGUACUUGGUGAGCGAGCUAUGAGUUGACACCAGAUAUGUGUGUUCAAUGUAAUCAGUGAUAUGCAAAUACUAAUCAAUCAAUGUGUUCAAAUGAAGUGUGGGGUGCAGAUUUUUUUCUUUCUUAUUUUUGUUGGCAAUCUUAUAGCUAUUGUAGAUACUUUCCAUUCUGUUAUAAUUCUGUGUAUCAUGCAUAUGAUUUUGCAGAUAAUAUAAUCGUUUCUGUGGCUAUGUCAUUGUGAAGAGCAGAACAGUUCUUAAAUACCUGUAAAACAUUCUAAUUAUUAGACAUUUAUAUUCAUAUUCAUCUUGAAAAUUCCACAUAUUACAGCAAUGUAUUAUGGGUAAUAUCAUGGAGGGGUCGGAAAUCACGUCCAAACAUUUCAUUGGAACAUAGUUCUUUUGGUCAUAUAGAAUCUGUAAUGAGUAUAUGUAUCUCUUCAAAUAAGAUUUUGGCCAUAUUGCAGUUGAAUAGGUACUGACAAAUAAAUGAAUAUUUUUUUAAAGAAUUAUCAAAAUAAUCUUUCAAAACAUACCAAGGUUUUUAUGUUAUUACCAGAUAGAUUCUGUUUCAUUUCAUUCUAUUCAUUUAAGUACACAUUUUUAUGUAGAUAUCUAGGUAUAUUUUGUAUCAUAUCUUUAUGUUUUUCUUCAAGAUGUUAUCUUUAUGUAGGAUGGUAGUUGGGUUCAUUCAAACCUCUUAUCUGAAGAAAAAAUUGAGUAAAUAUGACAUUGCCAUUGUAUGUCAUAUACAUGAAAAGGUCUCUAUUUCUGCUGUCUAAUAACAAGUAGCAACUCUAUAAAACAAAUUGCCUUGUAAGUGGAAAAAAUAUGCCAUUAUUUUUAUGUCAAAAUUUAUGAAGUUGCUUCCUUUUGAUAAUGUGUUUUGUCAAUUUGUUGAGUGUUGCGAACUUAAUUUUGAUAUUAUCAGUUAGGAAACAUAUUAAGUUAAAUGAUUUUUCAUUUUAGUUUAAUGAAAUGGAGUCUACUCUUUUCAUCAUUUGGCACCAGUAAAUAGGCCUGAAGAUUUUGUUUGACAACAUUUUCAGAGGUUUGGGGAAAAUUAGAAUAUUUUUUGCAAUGCUUUAGUAUAGUAUCAGUUUUUCAAAGAAUCUUUUAUGAUUUUAUACCAUAAAGAGUUCAGCACCUUGUGCCUUUUUAAGUAUAUUUGGUUCAAAGUUGUUUAAUUCUUUCAUCCUAUUGUCAUCACUUUCUUCAAUUUUGAUUUUCAUGUGUAUGAUGUGAUAUAACCUGAAUCCUUGAUUUUUUAAAACUAAAUCUCUAUUUGAGCUGGUGGAAUCAAGAUGAUUUUUUUUUCUCCCUCUAAUUAUUUUCCCUAAUAGCACUACCUUUUAUUUAAAUACAUUCAAAGAAUUGUAACAUAUUGAUAACAUGUACUCCUUAUAUCCAGGAGUCAAGAUGAAUAAUGAAUAUAUUGCACUUUUGUCAGUUCAAUGUUUUGUGUAUGUGAUAUCAAACAUUUUAGCAAUUAAAUUUGGUGAAACUGGAAAACCCAACAAAGCUUUGAAA